GCACCACUCACACAUUCACACCUAGGGGCAAUCUAGCAUAGCCAAUCUGCCUACCUGCAUGUUUUUAGACAGCAAGAGGAAAACAGAGAACCUGAAGAAAACACAAUACACAAUCACAGGAAGAACGUGUAAAACUCCUCACAGACAGUAAUGCAAGCUCAGGAUCGAACCCAGGACCCUGAAGCUGUGAGACAAAGACAGAUUUAAUGAAGGUUUAAAAUAGUCCAUUCAGAGGGCUUGGUUAAAUAAGGGGAAAAUACAAGUAAAAAACUGCAUUUAGAAAAAUAUGGAAAUCCAACAAACUUUGGUCAUCUAAAGGAUUUUAACAGAAACACAAUUCAUUUCUUGUCAAAACAUUUUCCAGCUUUAGCACUGACACUUCUAGUUCACACGUUCCCUUCUCUUUCUUCAGGAUGAAACUUUCUGUUCAGGGAAUCCAGGACAGAAUUUAGUGAUAUUAAUUAUUCAGCAGCUAGAAAGAUAGAUGUUUGGAUCUUUUAUAUAAGAUCACAUGUGCCUCUUUUAUAUAACAUCUUAAACAGUUUGAUUUCCCCACAGCAGCGUUAAAGAAAACUUCUUUUCCUUUUUAUCUGUAUAUUUUGUGUGUCAUAGUGUAAAACAGUUAGCAGAGACAUAUUUAUCAUCGUUAUCUACAAGAAGAGACUGGCGUCAAAAACAAAAGACAUGGAAACUACAUUCCUAACUCACAAAUAAACUUGAAUUUUUAAGGUUCUAUCUGCCAGCCAAUCAUCAUCCAGAAUGAACAUAGGAUGAACGCAACAUUCCUGUUUUCAAAUAUUACCAGUGGUUUACAUCUUGUACCCUUUAUGUUUACUCUGGGUCUUCUCUUGAUUGUGGACUUUGACACAAAUACACCUACCUCGUGGAAGUUGUUCUUGAUCUGGCCAACUCUUAUGAAGGAUUUUUUUUUUACACCAGGGAAAGACUUCUUCUAUUAACUACCACAGUUUUUUAUGUGGUCUUCCUGUGUCUUUUUCCUGAGCUCACCAGUUCAUUCUUACUUUUUAAGAAUGUACUAAAUAGUUGAUUUAGCUACACCUAAUGUUUUUGCUAUUGUUUUCAGCUUAAUGAUGGCUUGCUUCAGUGGCAGUGACAGUUCUUUGGACUUCAUAUUGAGAGUUAACAGCAACAGAUUCCAAAUGUAAAUGCCACACUUAAAGUCAACUUUAGAUCUUUUAUCUACUUACUUAUAAGUGAAAUAAUACGGGAAUAACACACACCUGGCCAUGGAAAAGCUUAGGAGCCAAUUUUCCAAUUAUUUUGGUCUCUUGGGUCAGUUUGGUAACCCCAAUACAUUAAUAAUCCCUUUAAUAGUCCUUUUAUUCCAUGACAAGGCUAUAUGUCCAUGUUUGAUCAACUUAGACUGAUUUAUGAAUUUCUUUUUUAUAUUCACACAAAAGCUUCUUAAAAUAGAUAAAAUGUUCUCACACAAACACAGCUGCUGAAGAAGGGUUUUAACCUGCUGUCUAUGUGAUCUGAAUGAAAAUGUGCAGAAACCUCCAUGUCACAUUAACAGCUUUACAAUGUUCACAUUUUCACAUAACAUCAUAUUAUAUCAAUAAUAUUCAUGGUGAUUAAAUGCUAUAUCCCUACACACCUCUCUCUUAUGUAGCUACACCCUUUCUGCUUAAAGCACCACCCACUCUCUCUAGCACUAUAAACAGAAUUCGUUCAGAGAAAACAAAACUGACUUCAGUGUUGUGUUGUCUGUCUGUCUCUCUCUGUGUGAGAGAGUGUGAAAAUGGCUGAGGCCAGUAUUUCAGUAGAUCAGGACCAGUUCAGCUGUCCAGUCUGUCUGGAUCUCCUGAAGGAUCCGGUGACUAUCCCCUGUGGUCACAGUUUCUGUAAGGUGUGUAUUAAUGGCUGCUGGGAUCAGGAGGAUCAGAAGGGCAUCUACAGCUGUCCUCAGUGCAGACACACUUUCACUCCAAGGCCUGUUCUACACAGAAACAACAUGCUGGCUGAAGUGGUGGAGAAACUGAAGAAGACUGAACUUCAAGCUGCUUCUCCUGCUCACUGUUACGCUGGACCUGGAGACGUGGAGUGUGAUUUCUGCACUGGGAGAAAACUCAAAGCCGUCAAGUCCUGUCUGACGUGUCUGGCUUCUUACUGUGAUAUUCAUCUCAUACCUCAUCUAGAACGUCCUGCUUUGAAAAAACACACAAUAAUUGAAGCCUCAACAAAACUACAAGAGAAGAUCUGCUCUCAACAUGAUGAAGUGCUGAAGAUCUACUGUCGUACUGAUCAAACCUGCAUCUGUUAUUUGUGUUUGAUGGAUAAUCACAAAGGUCACGACACUGUCACAGCCACAGCAGAAAGUGCUGAGAAACAGAGUGAGGUAAAGAAGGAGCAGAUUAAAUCUCAGCAGAAAAUCCAGGAGAAGCAGAAGAAGGUGCAGGAGCUGAAACAGGCUGUGAACACUAUAAAGCUGAGUGCACAGAUAGCAGUGGAGGACAGUGAGAGGAUCUUUACUGAGCUGAUCAGCUCCAUGGAGAAAAAGCACUCGGAGGUGACGGAGCUGAUCAGAGCUCAGGAGAAGGCUGAACUGAGUCGAACUGAACGACUCCUGGAGCAACUGGAGCAGGAGAUUGCUGAUCUUCAGAGGAGAGUCACUGAGCUGGAGCAGCUUUCACACAUUCAUGAUCACAUCCAAUUCCUCCAGGCUUUAGCUUCUGGACGUCAGUCUCCCACAAUUAUCAGAUCAGACUUUCACACAUCCAGCAUCACUGUCCAUCAACAUCUCUCAUUUGAUGGAGUGAGGAAUUCUCUCUCAGAUCUGAAGAAGACACUCAAGGAAUUCUGGGAGGAGGAAUUCAUCAAAAUCCCUCCACAUGAUUUCUGUUAUUUGACUCUGGAUCCCAACACGGCGCAUCCACACCUCCGUCUGUCUGAGAACAACAGAGUGGUGACCGAAAGUGAGAGAGAGCAGCAGUACUCUGAUCAUCCAGAGAGGUUUGACUACUGCCUUCAGGUGUUGUGUAAGGAGAGUGUGUGUGGACGCUGUUACUGGGAGGUGGACUGGAGCGGUGUGGUGGAAAUUUCAGUCUCAUAUAAAGACAUCAGCAGGAAAGGAGAGGGUAAUGAGUGUGCAUUUGGACACAACGAUCAGUCCUGGAGUCUACUGUGUUCUUCUUCUUCUCUCUCUUUCUGGCACAACAACAUUAAGACUGAGCUCGGAGUUCCAUCAUCCUCCAGAAUAGGAGUGUAUGUGGAUCACAGUGCAGGAACUCUGUCCUUCUACAGCGUCUCUGACACGAUGAAGCUCCUCCACAGAGUCCACACCACAUUCACUCAGCCUCUGUACGCUGGGUUCGGGUUCGACUGGUGGUAUGGCUCUACAUCUGUGAGAUUGUGUGAUCCAAAAUAAUGUGUGCAUGUGGCCACGUUGUUGCUCAAUCAUCUAUCUCACUAGCACGCAAUCAAGCUGCACAAAAAAGGCUCAGUAAUUUUACACUCCAACAAUUAAAGAGCAAACGGUAAAAAAUAACUUUCAAACAUGAAACUAAUCAAUAAAAAAUUAUCAAAAUAUUAUUACAUGACCUUAGGAUUAUAAAGUUCUGUCUGAAUGAAGAGUUGUUUUGAGAUAUGAGACCUCAAAGAUUUGACAUUGCAGCUAGCAAACACUCUAAAGUAAUGAACUUUACAUUUACAGCUCAGCAUGGGCUUCACUUUAAAGUUGCUCCAAUUUUACAUUAUUGAAAUUCUGAGACAAAUAGAAAUUAUUGAAAUGUUUUUGAUCUCUGACCAAAAGCAGAUAGAUCCUUAUUAUUCUGUAACACCAAAUACUGUUUGCUUUUAUCUUUCUCUCUGCUUUCUGUCUGUUUCCUAUUAAGCAAUCUCUUAAUAUAAUUAAAUAACUACCUACUAAAAGGUAAUAAAGUCAGCACAAAAAGAUAUUUUAAGCCUAUUAAAACCACAUUUUGAGCAUGUAUACUUUUCAAUAGAUUUAAUUUUACUGAGAGUAUUCUAAGAUCUAAACCACACACAUUCAUUUGAUGAAAUCUGAAGUUUGUUCCUAAACAUUUUGUUCCUAAACAUUAUAGCUUAAAAUUUCAUUAAAACAUUCAUUAAAAGAAUAUUAACUGAGUUUGGGACAUAUCAUUUGUUCCAAAUAUUACAAUCAGAACUUUGCAAAAUAAAAAUUAACACCACAUGAGAACAAAGUUUCCCCCAGUGAUGAGGUUUAUGUGGUUAUCUCAUUUUCGACUAAAAUACCAGAUAGAAACGUUUAAUUAAAUGUUGUGGAAAACUGAUUUAAAAAAUGUGAUGUGUUUUUUAUAUAAUAAAUUAUUAAAACAAUAAACAUUAAAACACUGGGUUUAGGCUUGGACUAGGAUAAUCUCUUACACUGUUUUAUAGAAUACAAAAGAGAUUUUAAAAAAAGGGAAAUGUUUUCUUUGACACUGCUGUAUGGAAAUUAAAUUGUAUGAGGUGCAAUUAUCAUAAGUGGUCUUAUAUAAAAGCUCUACUAGUUUUCAGCAAGAUUAUUCCAGAAAGGAUUUGGUUUUUAGUUAAUAUUAUAAAUUUCUGAAAUUAAUACAAAAAUAGCAACACUUCCUUUAAAAUGUGUAUUCAUAAAGCUUUAUGGUUGUAAUAACUUUGUAACUUGCUUUGAUUCUUUCUAACCUGGUAAUAAUGCUUUGGCAAAGAUUUUAUAAAAUCUAAUAAGCCAUUAAGGAUGUGUCCUGAAUUUGAUCAAAAUCUGAAUAUAUUCAGGAUUCUGAUGAAUCUUGUGUGAGAGAAUGUGUAGCAUAAGGGACAUCUUGCUUCCUGGAUUUUCCUGAAAGUCAUUUACAGCAUGUAAUUACACAACUUAUAUUCCUUAUAUAUAAAAGGAAAAUGAAUUCCAUGUAAAAAAUAGAAUUUCACUCUGUAUAUAGGCAGGAAACGUUAAUGACUUGCUCAUUAUUCACAUUAAUGUGAAAUAUAAACACUAGAACAAUGUCAACAUUUUCAGUGAAUGAGGUAUAAAAAUGCUGGUGAAGCAGGACUAAAUAUGUGGAACAAUUUACCAAUUAAUAUUUAGCAGCCACUGACUAAAACUACUAAUUAUCUUCAUUACUCAACCAUAGCAAUCAGUAAGAGACAGAAAGAGAGUCUUUAGUGCUGUCUUUGCAGCUGUAGCAUCUGAUAUUUCCAUCCUGAACAAAUGGAGUACAUGCAUUUAGUGCAUUUCUGUUGUGAAAGAGUGUGUAGGAGCAGCACUAAAAAGCAGCAGUACCAAGAGCCCAUAGCCAAGUCUUUCUAUUAAAUCACUCUUCAUUUUGUAGUGGUCCAGUUAUGUAGGAGAAUAUUUGCUGAUGCAACCAUUUGCAACCAUAUCACAUAACCUGAAUGAAUAUAAUUGUUAUAUAAGAUACAAUCAGUGAACCAGGCCAAAAGUUUUGCUUGACAAGUUAGUAGGCAGAAAAAGUCCAGAAGAAAUAUUAGUUAGACCUAUUCUGUCUGUAUUUCAUGAAAUUAACCCUAAUAAAUACACAGCGUAUAUUCGUGCACGGAAGGUAGAUGAAAUGGUUAAUAAAG